UUUGUGCAUCUCUAAUUUUUGGUGGUUGAAUUAUUUGCAAUUUUCAUCCAAUCGCGCCAAACGCAGCGCAUUCCGGCACUUUCUUGGAAUUGACACGAAGCCAAGCUAAAUCGUAUUAGUUAAACUCUGAAAAUGAGCGAGUUAAAUGCCGCAGCUGGUGUUGCCGAGGGCGAGGAAGCCAAUCCGCUGGAGCAAUCGACCAUUACGAUGCUGGAUGUCCUGGAGCAGGAAAAGGAACUGGAGGACGAAUAUGCCGCGGUGCUGGGCGCCUCCGAUGAGAAGUCCUGCACGUAUGCAAAGGGCCACAUUGGCCGGCAGGCGCUCUACUCCUGCCUCACCUGCUGUCCCGAGGCUCGCGAGGAUCUGGCCAAGGCUGCAGGAAUCUGCUUGGCAUGCUCCUAUCGCUGCCACGAGCACCACGAACUGGUGGAACUCUACACCAAACGGAAUUUCCGCUGCGAUUGCCCCACCCAGCGACUGGGCAAAUGCUCCCUGAAUCCACAGGUCGAGGGUGUUCAACCCCGGAACGAGGGCAAUCUGUAUAACCAGAAUUUCCAGGGCCUGUACUGCAAGUGCAAGCGGCCCUAUCCCGAUCCCGAUCGCACCGUCGAGGAGGUGAUGCUGCAGUGCGCCAUCUGCGAGGACUGGUACCACUUGCCGCACAUGAAGGCGCCCGGCUCCAGCGAAAAGUGGCUGGAUUCUUGCAGCGAAAUGAUCUGCGAUGGCUGCAUGGAUGCCAAAUCCUUCCUAAAGGAUUACACUGGACUGGCCCUGCAACCGGUGGCGCCGGAUAGUGCCAAGGCUGGCAAGCCGGAGGCAGAGGACAAGCAGCUGAAGAACGAGUUGGAUCGAAGCAUCUGCGAUAUCAUGAAGGUUCCUGAAGACGAAUCUCCAGCGGAGGAGGGCGAGCCCAGCCAGAAGCGCGCCAAACUGGAGGCCUGCCGUCGUCCCAAACCAACCAAGGAGCACCAGGGUGCCGCUUUCUGGACUAAUGACUGGCGCAAAUCGCUUUGCCAGUGCCCCGAAUGCCUGUCGCUGUACAAGGAACUUGCCGUGGAGUUCCUGCUUGACGCCGAGGACUCGGCCAAGACGUACGAGGAGCGCGGCAUGAAGCGGGCGGAGGAGAAUUCCAGCUAUGAGCAAGGUAUUCGGGCAUUGGCCUCCAUCGACCGGACACAGCAAAUCGAUGCGAUUACUGAGUACAAUCGCAUGAAGGACAAGCUGAAGGAAUACCUGCAGGCAUUCGCCGCCAGCAAGAAAGUUGUAACCGAGGAGGACAUCAAUCGGUUCUUUGCCGGCAUGCGCAAUGAGAAUAAUGCCAGCCUGGGUCAGCCCUAUUUCUGCCGCUAAACGGCUAGCUCACUAAAUUAUUAUAGUAUUACCCACAUUCCCCAGCUCCCAUGAACACAAAACAUACAUACAGCAUGUAAAUUCUUAAGUUAUCUUUUAUUACAAGCAAUUAUUAUUUUGAAUUCAUUUUUAUCAAUAAUGAAAAGUCGUAACAAGGCAUCGGGCAAUGAGAUUCGCAUUUCCCUUUACAUGCUAUCUAGCCAAAAUAUUUAUGUACACUGCGGUGAACUAGAGUUAUGUAAGAACCUAAUCUUGAAUUGUACUGAGACCUUCUUCACAUAGCUCUAAUUGGUUAAUUUCUGGUAUAUUUUAUGAAUAUAUAUAUAUAUACAUAAGUAA